AUGUCGGGCAACCUAGACCCACGGCGAACUUCGCUCGACACCCAGGCCUCUGGCCUCAACUCGGUGCUCUCUUUCAGCGGGUUUUCACAUCACUUUCCGGCUCCACCGACCUCCGUGCCAGCCAGCCCUGUCUCUGGCUUAUUUCCCCGUACUCCCGUUUCCCAGACUGGCAACUCCUCCAGGCUACGAGAAGGGUCAAUAACAGCAUACGACUGGCAUGAAGGAGCUUCCUCCAUCGAUGUUGAUGCGACCGAACACUCUCUCCUCUCAACUUCAUUCAUUACCGGCCUUCUGCGAGAUGCAGACCCAGCGGCCACGACGCGUACCAGCCAUCGCGCUUCAUUGGCUAGCGACUUCAGCGAAAUGACAUAUCCUCCUCCUCGCACUCAACCAUCUACCCGUCUACCCCCUUCACAACGACCACAAGGAGCGCGACCGCCACCCAGCUCUUUUAAUCCCAUCCCCGAGGCUGCCGUACCAUUGUCAGACGACGAAACAGACUAUACAUACUUUGACGAAGGGCGCCCUGGAGCUCAUUCCCGUGGUACCAAUGCGGACAGUUCAUCGAAAGUUGGUUCAUCUGCUCCUUCUUAUGGCAUGAAGGGUGUCGCAGACUAUACUCCAUUCAGCCCUGCACUUCCCUCAGCGACAGGCUCUCGCCAACGAAUUUUGGCUCAAGCUGCUGCUCCUCCCGAAGCCCGUGUGUCAAUGCACUCCAAUCGGAGUCGACGUAGCGUCGUUCCUUCAUUCAUCUCUGCUUCAAGCAGGUCCAUCCGCAAAGCCUUUGUUUGGAGGAAAAAACCAUUACCCCCGAUACCCAAGAUCCCUCACAUUCCGCUCGCCGACGAAGCCGAAUUCAAGCAGAAAGAAGAGUCAACGUCGUUAUCCCAACUUCUCCUCAGAUCAGACGCCCUUCGAAAUGCCUUGGACAGUGGUCAACAUCCUCACAAUAGCCUGCUAUCCAAGUCUCCAGCGUUUUUCCACGAAGCCGAGCAAAGUCCUUCCUUCCGUCGGUCACCGAAACCAGGCAAACCUGCUGCUUACUGGAAUCAAAUACCGUCCUCAACCCCAGUCCCGACGACGAACGAGAACGCCAGUCUAAUUAAAAGAAGGCGACUGUUCCUAAUCAUGCUCUUAUUCACAAUAGUAGCAUUAGGUGCAGUCGGCGCUGCCAUUGGUGUGACAGUGCACAAUCGUAACUCUAAACCCAAGACUGUCGCCUGUAGUGGGAACUUGGCUGGUGCGGCUUGCAAUCUUGAUGCAACCUGCGUUUGCACAUCACCCGUCGCCAAUCGAUGUGAUGGUCUUGCCCAGAAUCUAGUGAACCUGACACCUACUAUGAAUCAACUCUUUGGCACUAACUACACGGCAAACGAUGUAUUCCUCUGGAUAUGGACUUCACAGGGAACACUCGCAACCAAGAACUGUGCCUCUCAAGCUGUUCUGGUUGAUGUUGGCGCCACCUCUGCCUUGACUAACUUCGCCAAUCGUACUUUGUGGGCGCAGUCAGCACUUCUUUGGGAUCUCCAAAGUCUCAACAAUACCGCAUUGCGUGAAUUUGUACUCAAUGCUCCCUGGGAAAUCUUGACCGUUGACGGUCCCGUUCAUGAAUCUAAUGCGUCCUUUUUUUCCACGACCGCAUCAGGCUAUAAUUUCGACUUUGCUGCGCAAACUAUCACUGUUCCGCCAGUGUCAUUUACAACUGAUGGUGCUCCUACCUCCGCGCAGGCCGCCCAAGUCGCGAGUACCGCUCCAUUAGACCGCAUGUACAGCUUUGCUGCAGCCUCUGCAGCGCAGUACAAAGGUUUAUUAAGCUCUUACUGGGUCACCAAUUUGCAACGAACUCUGGACAAACUCCCCCUGUUCAUGUCGUCUCUUCGCAAUGCUCCGAUUAUGAUUCCUUUUGAUAUCGAAAGCAGUUCUGUGCGGUCACUCCUCUCAUCAUCGACGUUCCCUGUCCCUAUCGCUUGCUAUCCUGGUCUCACAACGACACAAUUGCAACAAAUCAACAAGAUCGAGAGUGUUUUCGGAUUGAAUUCAGUGGCCUCCGUUGCCCCCAAGUUUGAUCCCUCGUGUUUUUCUACGCGGCCCACCUACGGAAUCCUUGAUAUCCUGCGACUAAGGCUUCCUUUCCCUGAUUCGAGGACAAAGGUAGCACGACAAGCGGUGUCUUUGCAUGCCGAUGUAGGACCUCGCGCGAUCAUCUACAGCGGAGAGGUGCUUUCUGCUUUGCCCGGAAGCAGCAAUACGACGGCGGUCUCUGUUGACCCUGCUUCAUACGGAACACUCAACCAUCUCGAACAUGUCAUCUUGAAGUAUCUGAGUGGAAUGGACACUCUAAUAGCCAAUGCCAUUGUGGACUUUGUGUUGUCCAACUCGACAGUACCGCCAAGCGCAACAUCGAUACUGGGAUCGACUACGGUUCCUCUGUUGGAGGUCGCUGUAUUUGGUACGAUCUCGAAGGCGGAUUUGAAUCUGGUUGCUUCUGGCCUAGCCGACUCGGGGGGCUCAUUGGUAUUUGGAGCUUCAGAUGGGCUUGCGUUGCGGCAAUGGGCUAUCCCUACUGUGGGAAACCUUAUUUGGACAGAGUUUUCUGGUUCUUCGUCGAUUGUCCACGACACCACCACCUCCGCCCCAUUCAAUCAGACUUGGGCAGCGGCUGCUGGUGCUCUCGCUGAUGGAAAAGUCGUUGGGGUCAGCAACAUCACAAAUGCUUUCAUGUCGACUGGUCUCUUCACUAGCUCAUGA